ACCCCAACAAAAGUCUCCUCCAUCUUCAACGCAGCAGCUCCUCCGAAUAACCCGGAACAACCACCACUCUCCGAUGGCCGACUCGGACAACGACUCCGGCGGGCACAACGGCCACUCGCAUGGCGGGGAGCUGUCGGCGCGUGAGCAGGACCGGUUCCUCCCGAUCGCGAACGUGAGCCGCAUCAUGAAGAAAGCAUUGCCGGCGAACGCCAAGAUCUCCAAGGACGCGAAGGAGACCGUGCAGGAGUGCGUCUCUGAGUUCAUCAGCUUCGUCACCGGCGAGGCCUCUGACAAGUGCCAGCGCGAGAAGCGCAAGACCAUCAACGGCGACGAUCUCCUGUGGGCCAUGACCACUCUAGGGUUCGAGGAGUACGUCGAGCCCCUCAAGAUCUAUCUCCAGAAGUACCGCGAGAUGGAGGGCGAGAAAGGCGCCGUCGGCCCCACCGGACGCGACAAGGACGGCGGUAACUCCGGCGGCGGAGGCUCGGCCGCUGGAGGAGGGGGAAGCGGGGGCGGGUUGAGCUCCGGGACUAGCGGCGGAGGAGGAGGAGGAGGCGCGUUUAAUGGGGGUUAUGGCGGGAUGGGGAUGAUGGGUCAUCAUCAGGGACACGUGUACGGGUCAGGCGGGUAUCAACAUCAAAUGGGAGUUGGAGGCGAGAAGCGCGGUGGUUCUGGCGGCGGAGCGUCGGUGAAGUCAAGGUAGGUGAUUUUUACUUGCUCAAAAGAUGGUGAAUUCUUGUGGUAAUUUAAUGUGUGAUUGUAAGGAGGAAAGGGAAGAGGAUAUAGUUGUGUACUAUAGUGCAUAGUACAAUGUAGCUAAUUGAGUGAGAGAUUAAGAUACAGAAACUGAGAAACUUCUUAUUUUUGUCUGUUUUUUUAUCAUAUUGGAUUUUCAUUUUUCAUACGGUAGUAGAGCUC